AUGUCUGCUGUCAAAGCUAAAGCUGCCCAGAAAAUCAAAGCCGGUUAUGAAACGAUGGGUCAAGGCUUAGCUGAAUUAAUUGCCGCGAAACAAAAAAACGGCAAAGAACAAAAGCAGCUAGAUACCCUAAAAGCCGAACUCACCCAAUUAAAAGCUUCCUUGACUCCAAAUUAA